AACUUAGUAUCAUAAACUUGUAAGAUUUAAAAUUCAAUAAUAUAUACUAUUUUUUUUAUUUUAUACAAUUUUGUCAUAUUUAUUUAAACUUUAUGCCUUUGUGUAUAAUAAAAGUCUAUAGUACUAAGCAGUGCAAAGAAGAGUUUUACACAUUAAAUAGCAAAUUUACUAUACGCUAUGGUAUUUUUAGCAGGUUGUACUAUGUAUGGCAUGUAGUAGGCUGUUUAUAAAAGUAGUAGGGACACUGUGUCGGUUUACCGAACAGCAUGUCCUGGAAUCGUAUAAUCUCGAUACAACAAGUCUGAACAUGUUAAAACCUGUCUGAACGCGUUCAAAUCCCUGUUCAUCCUGUUUGAACCCCGUCUGCUUGUGUUUACAACUGUUUGUAUCAUAUCUAACGACGAAAAUUAGACUAUUAAUUACUAUUGGGUUUAAAUUAGUUAAUAACUUCACCGUGGUGUAAGCAUAGCGCUCUAAUCGUUAUAAGAUUUUCUAUAUAAACAGACGUUACUUUAACUUGUUGGUAAUGUGUUAAGUCGAUAUUUGUAUACUUUAAGAAUGGCUGGUUCUCUCGCUACAAUUGCCAAAUUCUAUAACAAACAAACAUUUGCUAAACCCCAACCUCACAGUGAAUUAAUCGAUUGCACUGAUUACGUUUUGAAUUUCAAUCCUCGUAAAUUCGUUCAGAUAGGAUUGGAUCCAAAAGAUCGAUUUAACGUAACUAUUCGUUUACUAUCGUCAACCCGUUACAUACUUAUAACGAUAGAUUUCCUACAACGGAUUUAUACGUUGAUGGGUAAUAUUCUGUCGCUAAUUUUCGACCCUGUAUCAAGACAAAAGAUUAUUUUACUCAAGGAUGAAUACGUCACACUCUCAAAGACUACGUUUCAAGGAGAGUCUUCGCUAGUCUUUGAAUCACAAGCACAAGAUGAAUGCCGAGUGUUACUCACCCAAUCAGACAUUUUAAAACUCAGCGCUUUGGAAUGUUGUAUCUUUGAGACUAUCAAUCAAAAGAUGACUGUAAUUCAACCAUUGGUUCUACAACAGUUGGAACAGAUGGCUCAAUAUAUGAAAUCUCAGUAUGAAGUAAAUGUGGAAAACAAAUGUAUGUUGAUCAAUGCGGUUUCGGAUUAUACGAUUAGAAAUAGUUUACCCAAUAGCGAUCUGAGCUACAUAAGCCAAAUAAAACAAUUUGCGAGCCAGCAGUUGGAACAACGGUGGACGAUGCUGGAAGAAUAUACUAAAGAAAUGUCUUCUAACGGAGAAAACGUAUGCUCGACAUUUUUUGGGUCGCUGGCCGAUGAUAUACAGUCGGAACCAAUCAUACCAUCAAAUACAAAUAACCAAGAAAUACCAACAGUAGUUGUUAGUAAUAGCUAUCUGUCGACAAGUAUCUAAAACAUGUAUAUAAUUUAAAAAAAAAAAAAAAAAAAUUGUUUAAAAUAAACGUAUGUUGCAUUGACAUGUGCUAUUAUUAUUAUAUACUGAGACAUUGUGAAAAUCUCGUUUUUAACGUAACUUGUAAUUAAAAUUAUAAUGGAUACAAAUACGUUUAAAUAAUAAUGUUUAAAAUAAUGAUUAUUAUCUAAGAUUUUAUUUCUAUCAUGAAAAAAAACUCUUUUUUCUUCUUUUUAAUUCUUCAGAAAGGUUAAAACAUGGUCAAAAACCUAGCUGUAUGAUACAUGUAAAAUACAGUAGGGUAUACUUAGAGUUUUGGUGGA